AUGGUCCAAGAGGGUAUUGUAUUAGGCCACAAGAUUUCGAGCAAGGGGAUUGAGGUUGAUCGGGCUAAGGUUGAGGUGAUAGAGAAGUUGCCGCCUCCACGGAAUGUUAAGGGAAUCCGGAGAUUCUGGGGACAUGUCGGGUUCUACAGGAGGUUCAUCAAGGAUUUCUCCAAGAUUUCAUGGCCUUUGACGGAAUGGGUUGCAAAGGAUGUGCCUUUUGAGUCCACCCAUGAGUGCAAGGCUGCCUUUGAAAUUUUGAAGAAGGCGUUGAUUUCUCCGCCUAUUAUCCAGCCGCCGGAUUGGGAAGCUCCCUUUGAGCUUAUGUGUGAUGCGAGUUGA